CUCGGUGUGCCUCAAAACCCAAACACUGAGCUCAGCUGCAGAGAGCUAGCUAAAGAGGCGCAGGGGAAGAAAGGGGGACACAGGCCAAAGUGGUGGAGAAAGCGCUUUCGUUUACGCUCUAUUUCAGCUCGUUUCGUAACGUAACAGCCGGUCCUGGCGUCGGUGUUGUUUACGCACUGGCUCAAACGAUCCGAGUUUGGCUCGGGAUUUUCACGACCAGCUGACAUAAAGCUAGCUUUCGACCACGGUUUGUUAGCUUAGCCUGGCCGCAGUCGGCCGUGCACCACAGGGCGUGAUUUAAGGUGAGCCUGGGGACAAAAACGAGGCUUUAAGUUGACCGCUACGAACAGUUUAACAAGGAACAGGUUGGUUUGAUGCGCGUGCCGUCAAAGCCAGAGGCACCAUGAGUGCGGAGCUGGAUGCGUUGACGGUGGUCAACCAGCUGAGAGAUCUCGCUGCCGAUCCCCUCAACCGAAGAGCCAUAGUUGAAGACCAAGGCUGCCUGCCGGGUCUCAUCCUUUUUUUCGACCAUCCUAACCCACAGGUCGUCUACUCGGCGCUGCUGGCUGUGCGCUACCUGGCAGAAUGUCGGGCCAACCGGGAGAAGCUGAAGGGCGAGUUGGGCAUGAUGCUGAGUUUGCAGAAUGUCAUGCAGAAGAGCACGUCCCCCGGGGAGACCAAACUGCUGGCGUCUGAGAUAUACGAGAUCCUGCAGUCGGCCGGUAAAGAAGAGGCGGAGCAGGCCGAGGCAGCCGCUGCCUCCUGCCGACGUAAGGCGCACUUCUUCCUGGGCUCCAACAACAAGAGGGCCAAAACUGUAGUUUUGCACAUUGACGGACUGGACGACUCCGUAAGUGUCGGCAGAACUCGGAGGAGCCUGUGCGAGGAGGCUCUGUUAAAGAUCCGAGGAGUCAUCAGUUUCACUUUCCAGAUGGCUGUGAAGCGAUGCGUUGUCCGCAUCCGUUCCGACCUUAAGGCUGAGGCGUUGGGAACAGCAAUUAACUCCACCAAAGUCAUGAAGGCUCAGCAGGUGGUGAAGACGGAGGACGGCGGAGAGCUGGUGGUGCCAUUCCAGGAGGACUCGUCGGUGCUGGUAGAGGAGAACACGGACAUCCCGGACUACCUACCUGAGGACGAGAGUCCAUCAGAGGAGCAGGACAAGGCCGUCACCCGCGUGGGAUCGGUCACAGAUGGCCUGGGCUGGCUCAGCACGGCCGCCAACUUCCUGACACGCUCAUUCUACUGGUGACAGCUUCCUAUGUUUCUUCCUCCGCUCCCCGCUACGUCCGUUCGCAGAUACUCUCAGCAUAGUGUUGGACUUCACCCCGGCAUCACUAGAUUUAGGCUCCCAUCUAAACAGCACCCGAGCUGGACUGCCAAGUGGAACAUGCAAUAACUUUUAACAUGUGCAUAAAUUAGGCCACAAAUCCCACAGGAAGCCUGUAUGCGCACAACUAUAGACUAACUGCAGAUAUAUCUAGAGGACAUAGCCAAAGGACUAUAUCCAACAGAACCAAAUAGCUUUCUGGAAACGAGUAACGUAAUGUUGAAGAAGUAGAUCAGCAGGAGGUCGUUUUAAUUGUCAUCUCCUUUUGUGCAUGAAUUUAGUUCCUCAUUUACCCGCACCUUUUCCGAUGACACUUUGUCCUUUAAAUUAGUCCCAUUUUCACGGUUUUUCUGUUUUGUUUUUUUUUGCCUGCCUGUUAUGUGCCAAUCUCGCCCGAUGCCUACAUCCACGAAUAAUUUGUGUGCUUUUUGAGAUUUCAUUGUAAUUAUUUAUUCAUAUUUCAUUCAGAUCAUUUCAGAGCUCGGAGAAAAUGGUGUCGGUUCACAGAAAAAGCCGACACCAGCAAAAACUGUUGCUCAUUCAGCCACUGGCUCACACGCAUUAGACUGAAGUCACUCCCUGUGACCUUUUUAGGUCACAGGGUGUGAAAAAUAGUGCCGGGGCCUCUAAAUACAUUGGAAUGUCAUCCAAAAGUUAAUUUAUUUAAGUGAUUCAGUUCAAAAGGUGAAGGUUAGGUACAGAUUUUUUUCCACACAGUGG